GGAUUAAGAUGGCGGCGGCGUUGACGUACCAUCCAACGACGGAGGCGUCUAGCUUUCUGUGUGAUCAGCUGUCGAGAUAUCGGCAGUACGCAUGUCUGUUCAUGGAGUAGUUUUUAUAUCUACUAACGCCGUAUCGAGAGUGAGGGACUUUAAACAGCAUUACCCUUGACUGUAAUAAACAAAUACACAACUUGACAACAUUAAUUUAACGGCAAAUAGUCUAAAAGUAGUAGGCUAGCGCUUGAAAAGUUUUCCAGUCACUUCUGACAAAACUGAAGUUUGCGACAGAUUCUGCAAUGGACUGUACUGUGGACCAUUACACAACAGGCAUGCUGCUCAGUGCAGCAGGAGAUGCUCUGGGAUACAGGAAUCAGCUGUGGGAAUACAACCAAUCUGGCCCUGCCAUUCACCAGGAGCUACAAGAGCUUGGAGGGCUGAAAAACAUCAAAGUGGAGCUUCCUGACUGGCCAGUCAGUGAUGAUACAGUACUUCACUUGGCAACUGCUGAGGCUCUAGCAACAGCAAAAGAUGGUGAGGAGUUACUGCAUGAGGUUGCCUUCCGCUAUGUGGAGGGAAUGAAGGACAUGGAAGGAAGGAAGCCAGGACCAUCAAGCAUUUUAGGUAUUUCACAGUUGCGGCCGGGCACUGAAGGGGGUUAUAGAGUACCUUAUAACCCAGAAGCCACAGGUUGUGGGGCAGCUAUGAGGUCCAUGUGCAUAGGCCUUAGAUAUCCUCAUCCUAAUCAGCUGUCCUCACUGGUUGGAGUUGCUGUUGAGACUGGAAGAAUGACUCAUUCUCAUCCAAUUGGUUUCCUUGGAGCUGUGGCUUCAGCAUUGUUUACUGCCUAUGCAGUCCAGCGCAGACCAAUCACUACCUGGGGUCUGGGUUUGUUGGAGGAAGCUUGUCCUGUCGCAAAAACCUUUGUCCAGUCCACAAGAUACGCUGUUACUGAGACUGAGAGAGACUGGGACUACUUUACAGAAAAAUGGAAAUGGUAUUUGGAUCUCAGAGCAUUGUCUUCUGGAACUGGGCCAGUUAAUUGGCCUGACAAUUAUGGGCCAGCUGAACGAGAUGAAGCCUACAAAAGCUUUAGCCUGUCAGGUUGGGCUGGUCGAAGUGGUCAUGAUGCUCCAAUGAUUGCUCUGGAUGCCUUGCUAGGAGCUGGCUCAGACUGGGAGGAACUUAUGAGUCGAGCAGGAUUUCAUGGAGGUGACAGUGACAGUACUGCAGUGAUUGCCUGCUGCUGUUGGGGUCUGAUUCAUGGAAUAGAUGAAGUACCGCUGUAUAACUACAAAAACUUGGAGUACAGGGACCGACUGGAGAGUGUGGCACAGAAGCUAUAUGUUCUUUCUCACUGAUAAAGAAGACUUUUGAAUAAAGACAAAAAAGGAGAAAUAAUUCUUGCAGAAAAAAUGCAACAUCUAGUAAACAUCUAGUUAAUAGACAUUUAAAUGAACUUUCUUUAAUGAACGAUUAAAAAAAUGGUAUAAGAUAGUAUAAAAAAAUAGAUACAUCAAGUUAAUUUUAUUAAAUAUACUUAAAUAAUGUUGGAGUAUAUUUUACGUGUAUGUCGCAUAUUAACAUCUAUGCACUAGUAGUAUACAUUUACUGUAAGUUUAGUUCUUGGAUACUUUUUUAGGAAAAAAAAUGUAUGUGUGGUUAGUAGGUUUUGGAGAAAAUUAAUUAAAAAUAAAUAAAAAGGUUCUAAAAACA